GAGUCGGUUUGCGACAGCGGCCGCGGAUCCCGCCUGGGGGGCCAAGAGAGGACCCGCAGCGCGGCGCCCGGCCGACGCGCCCGCUCUCCGCCGGCCAGAAAGGUUUCUUUCUUCGCCACGCGUCUCGCCCGCGCCCCGAAGCCUCAGCACCGAAUCCCGGCGCGGGUGUAAACCCGAGACCCGCGAUACCCCGCGCGGCCAGGACUUCCCAGCGUGCGGGCGGCCGGGGACGCGGAGGUUUGGCCUGCGGGCGCGGGGCCGGCGCGGGGCGUUUCCCGGGAGGGUGGCCAAUCUGUGCAGGGCCGAGGCGGGACUCUCUUCACCUGGUUCUGCCCAGGCUGCUGCUCUAGCCGCGGCUCCCGCAGAGAGAGCGAGGAGAGCUGCGGAAAGCACGCGGGCCCGCGGGCAGAUGCAACAAAUGAGAGGCGAACCAAGUUGCUUGGCGCCGCCUCGGCUGCCACCUGAACCCGCAGCGCUGCGGGAGGGGUCCGCGGAGCGCUCGGCUCUACUUAGGCAACUUCACUUCUCCCGCCGCUCGGGAAUUGGGGGUGGGGGAAGAUGGAGAGGUGCAGAGGGCUUGGAGAGGGGCUUGUAAUGAAUUCUUCCAAGAAAACUUUUCUCCUCCUUGAAGGUAUGCGUGCUCACCGCAGCAAAUUUAGAAAGCACGGGAAAUUACUGUGUAAAGAAACGGGGGUGGAGGUGGGGAUGGGACUCGUGUGGAGCCCGGGGGCGAGGGGAAGCCGACCCAGUCUGCGAGCUGCCGCGCCGUGCGGCCGCGAGCCACGCGGGGCACUGCGCUGAGAUUGGGGAAGUGGGCACUGCGGGGCGGGGCGGCCCGCGGUCAGUCGGCCACGCCGUGUUUGUUUCCUUUCACUUCCUGCGGCAGCUGCUCCUCAUGGGGAGGAGAGCGGGGCUCGGGCGGAGCGGCCGCGUGCUCCGGCUCUGAGCGCCCAGCCACCGCCGCCGCCAGGACUUCCCGGACCCACCGGGGCUUCGGCUAUGAGUGCGCGGUGACUAGGCGGCGUUGGGAAACGUGGACCUGAGACUUCGGCACGUGAUGCUGAUUCUGUUUUGAGAGGCUUGAGGAGACUGAAGAAACCCCAAAAUGGAGGACUUUUCUACCAGGACCUACGGCACCAGUGGCCUGGACAACAGACCUCUGUUCGGAGAGACGUCUGCCAAGGAUCGAAUCAUCAAUUUGGUCGUUGGCAGCUUAACAUCCUUAUUGAUUCUAGUAACACUGAUCAGUGCUUUUGUUUUCCCUCAACUACCUCCGAAACCGUUGAAUAUAUUUUUUGCUGUCUGCAUCUCUUUGAUUAGUAUUACCGCCUGCAUACUUAUCUACUGGUAUCGACAAGGAGACUUAGAACCGAAAUUCAGAAAUCUAAUUUACUAUAUCUUAUUUUCUAUCAUCAUGUUAUGUAUAUGUGCAAACCUGUACUUCCAUGAUGUGGGAAAGUGAGGCUCCCAAGGAGAAGUACUUACCAGGUCUCUUCAAAGCUAUUUAUUAGGACUGUGAAUAAGCGCUGGAUAAGGUAUGCGGAAGAAUCUCCUGCAUCUGGAUGUCUGACACAUGAUUUUCAUGUUAAAUGUAAAUCUAAAUUCCCUCUUGCAGGGGAGACAUAUCAUAGAUCACUUUCCUUUUUCUUUAAGGAGCUGAUGUUGCACUUACACAUUCAACCCUUAAAGCUCAAACAGCACA